UAAUAAUAAGAGGAAGAAGCAGUAGUAGCAGCUGCUGCGUGUUUGUUGCUGUUAGCUUGACUCUGGAGCAGCACAACCGGAGACUUGGACGUUUUCCGGGCUACAUUUUAAACCGACUUGUGAUUUCCUGUCUUCACAGCUCUCCCCGGGGAUAAAGCUGCUUGUGUCUGCAGGCUGAAUGGCUGGAUGUUGGUGGCUGUUGAUCCACUGUGUCCUCUUUGCUUGCUCCUCAGCUCACAGUGACCUCUUCACCUCCACUGGCCAGAUGACUGACCUGCUGUUCAUAGAGAAGGACCUGGUCACCUCUCUGAAGGCCUACAUCAGAGUGGAGGAGAACAAGCUGGAGCUGAUCAAACAAUGGGCCGACAAACUACACGUCCUCUCUGCUGCUGCCACUCAGGACCCUGAAGGUUUCCUGGGGAACCCAGUGAACGCCUUCAAACUGAUGAAGAGACUCAACACAGAAUGGGGGGAGCUGGAGAGCCUGGUGCUCACCGACAUGUCUGAUGUGUUCAUCUCCAACCUCACCAUCCAAAGGCAGUACUUUCCUAAUGAUGAAGAUCAGGCAGGAGCUGCCAAAGCUCUAAUGAGGCUGCAGGACACCUACCAGCUGGACACCAACACCAUCUCCACCGGACAGCUGCCAGGCUUGUCCUCGGCCGCCUCGCACCAGGCCUCUUUGACUGUGGAUGACUGCUAUGACCUCGGGAAGGUGGCAUACUCGGAGGCAGAUUACUACCACACAGGGCUGUGGAUGGUUCAGGCCCUGAAGCAGCUGGACCAGGGAGAGAUGUCCAGUGCUGUGGAUGCUGUCACCAUCCUGGACUACCUGAGCUACUCUGUCUACCAGCAGGGGGACCUGGAGAGGGCGCUGCAGUUUACCAAGAGGCUGCUGGGGCUCGACCCGAUGCAUCAGCGAGCCAAUGGGAACCUGAAGUACUUUGAGUAUCAGCUGAGCAAACAGAAAAAGGUGGAGGAGAGGACUGAGGGGGAGGCUGAGGGGAGGCAGAGGAGGGAGACCCGGGGUCAACCUGACGAUUACCUGCCAGAGAGGAAGACGUAUGAACAGCUGUGUCGUGGCGAGGGCCUCAGGAUGAAUCCUCGCAGAGAGAGCCACCUUUUCUGCCGUUACUAUGACAACAACCACCACCCGAGGUACGUGAUAGGUCCGGUGAAGCAGGAAGAUGAGUGGGACCGCCCCCACAUUGUCCGGUAUCACAACAUUGUGUCGGACAAAGAGAUGGAGAAGGUCAAAGAGCUGGCCAAACCCAGGCUCAGACGUGCCACGGUGCAUGACCCUCAGACAGGCAAACUGACCACGGCCCAUUACAGAGUCUCCAAGAGCGCGUGGCUCGGAGCGUAUGAACAUCCAGUGGUGGAUCAGAUAAACCAGAGGAUCGGGGACCUCACCGGCCUGGACGUCACCACAGCUGAGGACCUGCAGGUGGCUAACUAUGGCGUCGGAGGGCAGUACGAGCCUCAUUUCGACUUUGGACGGAAAGACGAACCCGAUGCCUUUGAAGAGCUGGGGACAGGAAACCGAAUCGCCACCUGGCUGCUUUACAUGAGUGACGUGCAGGCAGGGGGCGCCACAGUUUUCACUGAUAUAGGAGUUGCUGUCUGGCCCAAAAAGGGCUCAGCCGUGUUCUGGUACAACCUGCACCCCAGUGGAGAAGGAGACUACCGGACCAGACACGCUGCCUGUCCUGUUCUGGUCGGAAACAAGUGGGUGUCUAAUAAGUGGAUCCAUGAGCGAGGGCAGGAGUUCAGGAGGCGCUGUGGCCUCCAGGAGACGGACUGACCUCCGACUCAUCAACACUGCUGCUCCUCCUCUUCUGGCGGCACCGGUGAUCGGACACAGCUACCUCGAUUGCACCAGUGUGAGCGAGCCUCUUGAUGUAUGGUAGGGUUCCACUAACAGUAAGAGCCGGUAAUCAGAAACAAGUUUCCAGUGACGAGAGCUCAUUUCUGGAGUUGUGAUCAUUGACACUGAACAUGUUUUACCUGAAACCAUCAGUUUAUAUAAUCUAGGACUUUUCAUUUGGGUCCCAUUAUGUUUCGGGGUCGGUGCCUUCUGUUACUGUUUUUGCCAUGUUUUCUUAAACUUACCUAAAGUUCUGGGACUGUUACAGUGAUGACUACUGGUUUAACAGAGCCAUCCAGCUGUGUUGUUUUAUAGCAGCUGUUUCUCAUGUCAACGUCUGCCUUUUAUCUUACAGCUUUUAAUGCAGUGUGUAGUUUGUGCUGCUGUAUUGCACUAGACAGAGUUGUUCUAAUGUGGGAUGCAACUGAUUAUUGAUUUGUUAAUCUGUUUACCUUUCUGAUUAAUCAUUUCGCCUUUAAGAUGUUACACAUAUUUGAAAACCGUCUAAGGUGACAUUGACAAAUGUCUUGUUUUGUGUGAUCACCAGAACCAAAGAUAUUCAGGUUCUAGUGAUUAAAAAAACAAAGAAUCCGCAGAUUGGAGAAGCUGCAACCAGCAAAUGUUUGCUAGGUUUAAUUGUUAAAUAAUGUAAAUUAUUUAUUGACGCAUUUAAGUCUUUGUUAGCGUAUAUUUCUCAAAUUUAGUCUACUGUUAUUAAUAGAAACUAGAUGCAAGUAAUAAGCUGUAAAUGUAAGUAAAGCUGGCAGUGAUUUGAUUAGUUAAUUGAAAGGAAAUGAUCAGUUUUGAAUCUUUUUUAUUUUUUUAUUUUUAUUUAUUCAUUAGGUCUAGCUUCUCAGAAUAUAGCAAGUUUUCUUUUUCAUAGUAAACAUCUUUGAGUUUUCUAUUGCUGGUUGAUUAAGACAAGACACUUGAACGUGUCAGCUUAGACUCAGAAUGCUGUGAUUUUUUUAUUUUUUAUUUUUUAUUUUUUUAUAAACCAAGCAACCAAUGAUUGAUGAAAUCAUUGUACCUGUCAUAAUAACUAAUA